AUGGAGGGCAGCAGAGCCGGCGCCGGCGACUACAUUGCCAGCCUGCUGAACUCGUCGCCGAGGCUCGACUUCGGCGUGCUCGGCGCCGACGGCGGCGGCGGCAGGGAGGAGGAGGACUGCCUGGACAAGUUCUGCGGCGACCCGGGGUUCGCGGCGCGCGCGGCGCGGCUGUCCAGCUUCAGCGGGCAGCGCUUCCCCGGCGCCGCGGGCCUCUUCGGGUUGCCCCCGCCGGUGCCCGCCGCGAGCGGCGGCGGCGGCGAGUUCGCUGGCUCCCGGGAGGCGUCGUCGGUGUCCGACCCAGCGACCGUGAUGAAGGACGCCAAUGACAAGAAGCGGAAGGCGCCCGCGGCCGCCAAAGGCAAAGGCAAGGAGUCGUCUUUCCAGGCAGGGGAGCAGAAGGAUCCGGACGCCAAGAGGUGCAAGACGGAGGGAGGCGAGGGGAGCCCCGUGAAGCUCAAGUCGGAGCAGGCCGGGAGCGACAGCUCCGUCGAGGACGGCGGGCAGAACCAGAAGCCGCCGGGCAAGGGGAAGAAUGCGAAGCCGGUGGAGCCCCCCAAGGACUACGUCCAUGUCCGGGCCAGGAGAGGGCAGGCUACUGACAGCCACAGCCUCGCAGAGAGGGUGAGAAGAGAGAGGAUCAGCCAGAGGAUGAAGGUUCUUCAGGACCUGGUGCCAGGAUGCAACAAGGUGAUUGGCAAGGCGCUCAUGCUUGACGAGAUCAUAAACUACGUGCAAUCGCUGCAACGACAGGUCGAGUUCCUCUCCAUGAAGCUUGCAACAGUGAACCCACUCGACUUCAGCAACCUGCCUACCCUCCUACAAAAAGACAUGUUCCAAGCCUGUGGCCCUUCAGCAAGCUCGGUCUUCUCGCUGGAAAGCUCCAGCUCAGGGUUUCCGUUCAGCGACCAAGGAGAUGUGUUCCAGUCGUUCGUUCCAAACGGCUUGGAGAACCAGUGUGGCCUGAAUCCGCUGGACCUGGCUCUGUGUCAAGCUACCAAUGGACAGUAUGGUUUUCAGGAUGGGACAGCCGGCACAAACCUGCAGCAAAGAAGCUACUGGGAGGAGGACCUCCAAAGUGUUUUCCACAUCGACAACAACGGGCAGAGCCAGGAGAACGGGGUUUCAGUUUCAUCGCAGAGCUUUCAUGGUCAGUUACAAGAAGGCCACAUGAAAAUGGAGUUCUGA